GAUACAGACCACAGAGUGUGUCUGCUUGCCAGCUAAUACAGCCUCCCCCUUUCCAUUGACAGCCAAGGAGCACACUCACAGCCUUGCAAUACACAGCUGUCUGGAUCCUUCAUGCUCUGAGCAGGAGAGCCUUCUGUACACUGUGUGCAUCCUCAGAACAAACCAGACUGAACAUAACACAGCAGACAGAGAGUACUACUGGGACAGGACCAGCCUGAGGAUCUGGGAUUGGUGGAUCCAGGUGCAGAAUGGCUGCAAUAUUCCCCUCCACAGUAGCCCUGGGCUUGCUGCUGUGGUAUCUGGGCUUGCUGGAGCACUGCUUAGCAGACAUGUACAGCUCAAUGGCCAACAUUCAGCAGGCUGCCUCCACUGAGAAGGUCUUACUGCAGCACCUGGAGACUUACCUUGAACAGGAGACCUACAGACUUAAUGACCUGAGAAGGUUCUAUGAUAAAGUACACACCUUUCACCAGGUAACAGAUAAUCCGGUGGCUGAUCCCAUUCUUGCCUACACCUUGUUAAAGAGGCUGCACUUGGAGUGGAUGAACGUGGUACACAGUUUAGAAGUUACUGAAAAUAUCCAAGCCCUGAAGGACGGGUACGAAAAGGUGGCGAAAGAUCUGCCCAUUUUUGAAGACGUAGAAGGAGCAGCCAGAGCUUUAAUGAGGCUACAGGAUGUCUAUUCCUUGAAUGUGCAGAGAAUGGUGAAAGGAAAACUCCAACGAGACGCCCGCACCGAACUGAGCCUCCUUUACAACCCUCCAAUGCCCUCCAUCAUGUCUGCAGAUGACUGCUUCCAUAUUGGCAAAGUGGCCUAUGACAUGAAUGACUUUUAUCACUCGAUACCAUGGCUGGAGGAAGCGGUGAGCAUGUUCCGAGGGACGUACGGCAAUUGGUAUACAGAGGAGGAGGGAAGUUUAGAAGAGGCUCUGGAUUACUUGGCAUUUUCUCAUUAUAAAACAGGAAAUAUCUCCCAGGCUUUAGAUCUCUCCAGGGAGUGUCUGCUGUAUGAUCCAGAUAAUAAAAGGGUGGCACGAAACAUUAUAAAGUAUGAGAAGAUUUUAGAUGAAAAUCCCGACAUUUCAGCGCUGGAAGAAACCAGAAUUCAGCGUCCUAAUGUCACCCACCUCAGAACUCGCGAUCUGUACGAGGGGCUCUGUCGAACCUUAGGAAAUCAGCUAAUGAUGUAUGAAAACCCCAGGAUGCUUUGCUUCUACGAUACAAACAGCAGCCCACAUUUAAUGCUGCAGCCCCUGAAAAAGGAAAUUGUGAAUUUGGACCCCUACGUGGUUCUGUAUCAUGACUUUGUCAGCGACCAUGAAUCUGAGACCAUUAAGGAACUGGCCGUUCCCUGGCUGCUGAGGUCGGUGGUUGCUUCAGGAGGAAAACAAUCCGAGGUUGAAUAUCGCAUAAGCAAAAGCGCUUGGCUAAAGGACACUGUUCAUCCGAUCAUCAAGAACAUAGACCUUCGUAUCGCAGCAACGACGGGUUUAAAUGUCCAGGUCCCUUACGCUGAGCACCUGCAAGUGGUAAACUAUGGAAUUGGCGGACAUUAUGAACCACACUUUGACCACGCUACGUCCAGACAGAGCCCUCUGUACAGAACAAACAUGGGCAACCGUCUAGCCACCUUCAUGAUCUACCUCAGUUCAGUGGAUAUGGGAGGCUCUACGGCCUUUAUCUAUGCCAAUUUCAGCUCACCUGUGUUAAAGAAUGCUGCCCUGUUCUGGUGGAAUCUGCAUAGAAAUGGAGAGGGCAAUGAGGACACUUUGCACGCAGGCUGUCCUGUAUUAAUUGGGAGCAAAUGGGUGGCCAACAAAUGGAUUCAUGAGUACGGCCAGGAGUUCAACAGGCCGUGCUCCCUGACCCCUAAAGACUAAUGAAUGGGAACUGGGGAACAAAGGUCGAAUUAAGGUACUAAUGAGGACAGGCUGAAGGAGGCUACAGAUCUCCCAGAAAGUGAACGAGCACAAGAUGGUCUGCACCUGCUUAGAAUGACAGAGAAGCCGUUUUGCUAACUGAUGAUGGAUGUUGGAAGUAAAAGAGCAGAAUCUGCUUAAGAAAUUCGACUCCUAAAACAAACAUCCAGGAGGAAAGCUCAGGAAGGAAGGAUUUGAAUUCCUUAAAAUCGCUGUCAGUAUUUAUAUUACACAGGAGACACACUGUCUACAUGGUACAGAAUGAGUGAAAAUGGUUAGUUUGUGGCUUACGCCCCUCUUUUUGUAGAAGGUAAGGGCUGAUGUCAUUUGAAACAGAGAAUACUACAUUUAGUCAAGGUAACCCAGAAGGGUGCUCCAAGGCAGAGCUAGGUGGGUGGCUGUAUGUGCCGCUGGAAGGUAGGUGGUUGUCUUGUGUGCAGAGAGUGAGUGGCACUGGCUACACAGAGUAGUAUUGGUGGAUCUCUAGAUAC